CUCAAGCAGCAUGCAUCUGAUCCUCCUCGUCUGUCUGGCCGGUCUGGUGGCCGCCUCCCCGAUGCCUCAGCCGCAGAACCGCCAUCCCGAAUACGACGCCGAGAUCCUGGUGGACGAGCGCGAGGACCGCGGCGACGGCAACUUCAGGUACCGCUUCGAGACCAGCAACGGCAUCAAGACUGAGAAGGUUGGCACUCCUGGCUCCGAGGGUCAGAGCAACAUGCAGGGAGCCUUCAGGUAAGAUAAAAGAUCCAGC